AUGAGGUCAUUAGCGUUGUUGGUGCUGGUCGUGGGGGCGCUGGGACUGGACGAUCUGGACCAGGAAUGGACCGCAUAUAAGGCAAAGCAUAACAAAAAAUACGGAGCCGAAGAGGACCCGUACCGUCGAAGCCUGUUCCAUGAGACCAAGCGAAAGGUUGAGGAGCACAACCGGAAACACGCAGCCGGCCUGGUCUCCUACUCCCAGGGCAUCAACCACUUCUCUGAUCUGACGAAAGAGGAGCUCAGCAAACGCCUUUCCUGUCUCCGUGGUAGUCUGGAUUUCGACGGGCCGAGAGUUGAGUACCAGCGGCCGGAGCACGCGGUGGUACCGGACGAGAUAGACUGGCGUACCAAAGGCGCCGUCACUAGGGUCCAGGACCAAGGGUCGUGCGGGUCGUGCUGGGCUUUCAGCGCUAUAGCCGCACUGGAAGGGCAACAUUUUCUCAAGAAUGGGACGUUGGUGGACCUCUCGGAGCAGAACCUCGUAGACUGCGACGAGAGGGACUCGCAGUGCCAAGGCGGAUGGCCGUUCCAGGCUUACGUGUACAUCGCGAAACAGGGCGUGGACACAGAAGUCAGCUACCCCUACGACUCGUGGGACGGAACACCACGCGAGUGCCGAUUCAACGCGGACACGGUCGGCGCGACUGACUCCGCCGUCGUGUUCAUAAAGAAGGACAGCGAGGAGGAUCUGAAGCACGCCGUCGCCACCGUCGGCCCCGUCUCCGUCGCCGUCGACUCCAGGAACUUCGCCAGCUACAACGGCAGCGUGUUCUACGUCCCCGAAUGCUCUUCCGACCACCUCGACCACGCGGUCACCGUCGUGGGAUACGGCACUGAAGCCGGCGAGGACUACUGGCUCGUGAAGAACUCGUGGGGCAGGUUCUGGGGUCUAGAAGGGUACAUUAAACUGGCACGAAAUAGGGACAACCACUGUGGCAUCGCGACGAUGGCCGUUUAUCCUGUUGUCUAGAACCAUCUAGAUCUCAGAAUAUUUUGAGCGCGUGCGCACACGCACU